UGAAAAAACUCCAACCGACUCGUCUCCUUCAAAGGGUUUAUGGUUUUAGUAAAUUUAAACCCAACAAAAUUCAUAGUUUUUCUUUAAUUUUCAAAUUCAUAUAGUUCAUUUUCGGAUUUAAUCAAAUGAUGUUUCUUCGAAAAGCAUCUGCUAAUUUGCUUGGAAGAUUCCGUUUUUCACCUCAAUCACUUCCUGCUACUCCAAUUCAGCGAAGUUCCCAAAUUUUACUAUCUAAUGCUGGAAAAUAUAGAUUUUCAAGUCAGCUUGGUUCUGGAGGGUACUUUUCAGACUCAUUUCAAUGGAUUUUUCUGUUUGGACAAGCGGCUUUUAUCCUUGGAGUAAAUGUCACUCCUACCUUGGCAGAAGAAGUUUCUACUCCAGCAACUACUGGAAUUGAUGCUGAAAUAAGUGACCUGCGCAAAAUUGAGGAUGGGUCUGUGAUAUCUAAUAUACACACAUCCAAAUGGAGAGUCUUUACAGACAGUGGAAGGGAUUUAUUUCUACAGGGAAAACUUGAGGAAGCUGAAAAACUGUUCCUCUCUGCACUGCAAGAAGCUAAGGAGGGUUUUGGAGAUAGGGAUCCACAUGUUGCAUCUGCAUACAACAAUCUGGCAGAGCUGUAUAGAGUCAAAAAGGCAUUUAAUAAAGCAGAACCUAUGUACUUGGAAGCAAUCAUUAUACUCGAGGAAUCAUUUGGACAAGACGAUGUUCGAGUUGGGGCAGCCCUUCACAAUCUAGGCCAAUUCUAUCUUAUGCAAAGAAAACUGGAACAAGCUCGUGGUGUCUAUGAGCGCGCUUUAAAGAUUAAGAGGCGUGUCUUAGGGGAGGCUCAUCCGGACUAUGCUGACACCAUGUAUCAUCUGGGAACAGUGCUGUAUCUUCAGGGAAAAUACAAGGAUUCAGAGGCUCUGGUUCGCGAUUCUAUUCGGAUUUUGGAGGAUGGAGGUCAAGGUGAAUCAAUGAUAUGUACCAAGAGGCUGCGACAGCUAGCUGAGAUAUAUAUUAAAUCUGACCGAAACGAGGAGGCUGAGAACGUUCUGAGAAAGAUCCUGCAUAUUAUGGAAUUAGCAAAGGGUUGGAAUUCUUUAGAGACUGUAGUUGCAGCUGAACGCCUGGCCUUGACCCUUCAGUCGCUAGGAAACUUGAAAGAAGCUCAAGAGCUUUUAGAACGGUGUCUUGAUGCCCGAAGAGCUUUACUCCCUGAAGACCAUAUUCAGAUUGCUGUGAAUUUCCUACAUAUUGCAAGAGUGAAAAUGCUCGACUCUAACAAGCUCCAGAAAAGUAAUGUUUAUCAAGCAAGGGCUGAGCUUGAUAUGGCAAAAGAUCUUUUAAGCAAGUCGAUAAGUGUGGCUCGGGGAAAUCUGGUGCCUUCCAUGAAAGGGAAAGGAAAUAAACAGUCUUAUGGAGCAUCUAUGACAACAGUAAGGAGCAGGCAAUCAGCAAUGAUGAUCCUGUUGCAAUCACUUAAUACUCUUUCGUUGUUGGAGAUGACAAAGCUGGAGCGUGAAGAAUCAAAGGACCCUUAUAGCUCUGAGGCUGAAAGUGCUCUUCAUCAAUGCAUUUCUGCAUAUAAGGAGUUUGUUACUGAGAAGUCAUUGUGUGAUGCUCCUGGAGUAAAAGCUGAAUACCUCUUGUGCUUGAAGCAUCUAGUGGAUCUAUUAAGUGAUAAAAAAACCUCGAGCACUGAUCGAUCUAGCAAGCCUGCUUUACAAGAGUUGAAAGAUGAAAUUAAGCGCAUAGAAGUUGAACUCUCGAAGAAAGGAGGGCGUAGAAGUUGAACUCUUGACGAACGGAGAGUGUAGAAGUAAGCAACUAUAUGUAUAAGUCCAUAGCAUGUGCAAUAAAAGAUGAAGAAAUAAGUGGAAAACCAGUCAGAGAUGAAAUGUAAAGAUUUGAUCAAGCCACUAGCAGAGAUGGGAUGUACACUAUUUUCUAAUCCCUGAGAUUUGUAGGGUAAAAUAAAUAAAACAGGAAGGAGAAAGAGAAGUUGGUGUGCUGUGAUUUGACUGUAAAAUGCUAUAUUUAAAUACAAUUAUACAUGCAAACAGAGUUACUAUUAGCAAUAUUAUUGAAACAUGUCACGUAUCUAUUA